UCCCCCAAAGCGCCGGUGAUUGGUUAUCUAUUGGACAACUCCCGCCCCCUCUGUAUCCUUAUUUAAAGACCCCGAAAUGCCAACGCGGACCUCUGGUCUGAGAUCUGCUGUGGGAGGAGAAGCUGAAGCUGCAAAGCUGUCCCAGAAAACCAGCCAUGUUGCUGCUGACUUCGCUGGCGUCCGUCUACUUCCUGGCUGCGGCUGCCUUUGCCGUCCCCGCUCAGGAGAAGCGCGUCCACCACCAGGCCGAUCUGAGUGACCACGUCCACGACGACAGCCAGAAUUACCAGUACGACCACGAGGCCUUCCUGGGCAAAGAGGAUGCCAAGACCUUUGACCAGCUGACCCCUGAGGAGAGCAAAGAGAGGCUGGGAAAGAUCGUUGACCGCAUCGACACCAACAAGGACGGCUUCGUUGACCACUCUGAGCUGCGCAAGUGGAUCAAACACCGGCAGAAUAGAUACAUCGAGGAGAACGUCAACAAGCACUGGAAGGACUACGACGCUAACGGGGAUGAUAAGAUCGCCUGGGAGGAGUAUAAGAACACCACCUAUGGCUACUAUCUGGGCGACGACUUCAAUGACAUUGAAGACAAGGAAACGUAUAAAUCCAUGCUGGCCCGCGACGAAAGGCGCUUCAAGGCGGCCGACAAGGACGGCGACGGCAUCGCCACGCGCGAGGAGUUCACCGCCUUCCUUCACCCCGAGGAGUUCAGCUACAUGAAAGACGUGGUGGUGCAGGAGACUGUGGAGGACAUCGAUAAGAACGGCGACAGGAAGAUCAACCUGGCCGAAUACAUCGGUGACAUGUACACACCAGAGGACGGAGAGGCGGAGCCUGACUGGGUUCAGACUGAGAAGAAACACUUUGCAGAUUUCAGAGACAUCAACAAGGACGGCUACCUGGAUGCUGAUGAAGUGGCCCAGUGGGUUCUACCAGGAGAGGUCGACCACGCGGACAACGAGGCCAAGCACCUGAUCCAUGAGACCGACACAGACAAGGAUGAGAAAAUCACCAAGAAGGAGAUUCUGGCCAAUUGGAACAUGUUUGUUGGAAGUCAAGCCACCAAUUAUGGUGAAGAUUUAACAAAGAAACACGAGGAACUUUGAUGUGCCGUCCCUGGGAGGUUCGGGGGGGGUUAGGGAUAGGCUGGGAUUCACUCAAGUAUCUAAAGCAAAGUUUUGGCUCUUAUUUACGCUGCAGUCAUGGUUUAAUCAUGUCUCCUCGUUCUUAUGUGGAAACACACAACCAGAGAUGCACCGAGGAAUCGGCAGACAUUCAGAUUGAUUUAAAUCCUACCUUUUUCUGUGAUCAUUGAAAGCACCAUUUUAAUUCCAUUCAAUUCAGUUUAUUUAUAAAGUUUUCUAUCUAAGGAAAACCAGUUGAUUGCAUGGAAUCAUUGACUCUUCAGCAAUCCCUCACACUAAGCAUGCUUGUAGCGACAGUGGAGAGGAAAAACUCCCUUUGAACAGGAAGAAACCUCCAGCAGAACCAGGCUCAGUGUGAGCGGCCAUCUGCUGAGGCCCACUGGGGUUCAAGGAGACAGAAGCAGACAUAGAAAAAGAAGCAUGGCAUCAAUUUAACCCGUAAUGCCAUAUUUGAUACAUGUCUUUUUGAGACUUUAAAAUAAAAACCUGAUGAACCAAAUCAAUGACAUGUAGCGUAUCACAAAUGAGAAGACGUGUUUGUGAAAUCCACUAAAAGGAUUUGAGUAAAUCAUGAUUUAGCUGUUAAAAAUUAAAUUUGCUUGUUGACAACAAGCAGAAAUCAGGGUUCUGGUCGGUGCAUCUCUGAUUGUAGCUCCACAAAACCAUGUUUCUGGACGCAACCACAUACUGUGUAUGUAAGGACGGGUAAUACUAAUGAACAUGCACUCCUGUGUCGGUAUUGUUUUUGGGUUCAUAGAUCAUCACACAAUGAGGCUUUUUAAGGUCCAAACUGGAUCCAGGUUGAUUCUGAUGUGGGGGCUUCAGUCCAAAAGAGAGGAAAUAUUCUUGUGUAUUUGGUCUAAGAACAUAGUCAAAUGGUCUGGGAUGGACUUUGUUACUGACUCAUUAUGGUUUAAUAAAUAAAGUCUCACUUUUUUGUACAAA